AUGGAUUGGAAUGUAUCAGAUGUCGUAACGGAUAAGAAAUCAAAAUUUCAAGCUAGGUGCUGCUUUUUGAGAGACCAGAAGGACAUACCAGAUAUAUUGCAAGGCAUGAUUCAAAGUGAUAAGCAUAUAGCAAAGGCUAGUCACAUGCAUAUGUAUGCUUGGCGAACUGGAACUGAAGAGUUGAAAGGAAAUGAGAAGCAAACCAAAAAAAAGAAUAACAAGAAGCAGGAUGAGGUGGUUCAGCUAAAAAAUGUUCAGCAAGGUAGCUCAGACUGUGGUGAAGCUGGUGCAGGCCAGCGGCUUCUAACUUUAUUGGAAAGGUCUAAUGCUUUCAAUGUUAUAGUAAUUGUUACUAGAUGGUAUGGUGGCACUCCCUUAGGUCCAGCUCGAUUCAGGCACAUUUGUUCAGCCGCACUUCAAAGUUUGCGUAUCGGAGGUUUUGUUCCAUAG